CAGUGAAUGUGGUUUUCACAACUCCACUAAUUGUCUGGACAAGCAAUCAUCUCCUCUCCGUCAGGUGUCACAAGGUGAAGUCUGUAUAGAGUGAGCGGGAGCGCUGAGAUGGCGACGCAGGGGCUGGCGGUCCGGCUCUUGGUGCUGCUGGCCGUGUUGGCGGUGGCUCAUGCCUCCAUCUUCCAGUCCAAUCAGAGACUGAGACCUCGGAUCCAGCGAGACCGGCGCAACAUCCGCCCCAACAUCAUCCUCAUCCUCACCGAUGACCAGGACAUUGAAUUGGGCUCCAUGCAGGUCAUGAAUAAGACCCGGCGGAUCAUGGAACAGGGUGGAACGCACUUCUCCAACGCGUUUGUCACCACACCCAUGUGCUGUCCGUCACGCUCCUCCAUGCUGACCGGGAAGUACGCCCACAACCACAACACCUACACCAACAACGAGAACUGCUCUUCGCCCUCCUGGCAGGCCCAACAUGAGCCGCGCACCUUUGGAGUUUACCUCAACAGCACUGGCUACAGGACAGCAUUCUUUGGGAAGUAUCUGAAUGAGUAUAACGGUACUUACAUUCCUCCGGGCUGGAGGGAGUGGGUCGCCAUGGUGAAGAAUUCCCGCUUCUACAACUACACUCUGUGCAGGAACGGCGUCCGAGAGAAACACGGAUCUGAAUACUCAAAGGACUACCUGACAGAUCUCAUUACCAAUGACAGCAUCAGUUACUUCCGCAUGUCAAAGAAGACCUACCCUCACCGACCCAUCAUGAUGGUGAUCAGUCACGCUGCCCCUCAUGGCCCGGAGGACUCGGCCCCUCAGUACACUACUGCCUUCCCCAACGCUUCACAGCACAUAACGCCCAGUUAUAACUACGCCCCUAAUCCAGACAAACACUGGAUUAUGCGUUACACCGGCCCCAUGAAGCCCAUUCACAUGGAGUUCACCAACAUGCUGCAGCGCAAGAGACUGCAGACGCUGCUGUCCGUGGAUGACAGUGUGGAGAAGAUAUACAACAUGUUGGUUGACACUGGGGAGCUGGACAACACAUACGUGAUCUACACAGCUGACCACGGGUAUCACAUCGGUCAGUUCGGACUGGUCAAGGGGAAAUCCAUGCCCUACGAGUUUGACAUCAGAGUUCCCUUUUACAUCCGUGGCCCAAAUGUGGAGGCAGGGGGCAUCAACGCCCACAUCGUGUUGAACAUAGACUUGGCCCCCACCAUCCUGGACAUCGCAGGGAUGGACGUUCCCCCAGACAUGGACGGCAAGUCCAUCCUCAAGCUCCUGGACACGGACCGCAUGAUGAACCGGUUCCAGCUCAACAAGAAAGGAAAAGUGUGGCGGGACUCGUUCCUGGUGGAGAGAGGAAAACUGCUGCAUAAAGUGUUGAAUGAUGAGAAAGAUAUGGCCCAAGAGGAGAACUACCUGCCCAAAUACCAACGCGUUAAAGACCUGUGCCAGCGCGCAGAGUACCAGACGCCAUGUGAACAGAUCGGUCAGAAGUGGCAGUGUGUUGAAGACGCCACAGGGAAGCUGAGGUUGACUAAAUGCAAAGGCAUGGCCCGUCUGUCUGCAGUGCAGAAGCCAUCUGUAUCCAGCAUUAAAUCACAGAUUUAUCUGCAGAGCAUGAGCACUGAUGUCAGCGUGAACUCUGAGCCUCAGGGCUGCAACUGCGAACCCAAAAGCUACAGACUGAGCACCUUCUCCAAGAAUAAGCUGCUUGCCAAAAGA